CUUCCGGUCGCCGCAGCGGCCGCCUAAUUCGCGCGGCCUUACCCCCCGAGCUUGGCCACCUGCGGACGUUAGCGCCGGACUCCGGGCGGCUCGGCCUCCUCGGGACGCAGGGCCGGCGACCGAGCCAGCGCGGGCCGCGCCUCCUCGCCAUGGGCCCCCUCUCGGCGAGGCUGUUUUUGGAGCGCGGGCGACCCAAGAGCGACAGGCUAGGGAAGAUCCGGAGCCUGGACCUGUCAGGGCUGAAGCUGCUCUCAGAGCACUUAGACCCAAAGCUCCUGGGCCGACUGAAGCAGCUGCAAGAGCUGGAUCUCUCCAACAACCACCUGGAGACCCUGCCGGCCAACCUGGGCCUACCCCACCUGCGCAUCCUGCGCUGUGCCAACAACCAGCUAGGUGACGUCACCGGCUUGUGCCAGUUCCCGCAGCUGGAGGAGCUCAGCCUGGAGGGUAACCCCUUCUUGACAGUCAAUGACAACCUGAAAGUCUCCUUCCUCCUGCCCAAGCUCCGGAAGGUCAAUGGCAAGGAUGCAUCCUCUACUUGCUCUCAGGUGGAGAACCUGAACCGGGAGCUGACCAACAGAGUGACAGCUCACUGGGAGAAGUUCAUGGCCACACUGGGCCCCAACGUGGAGACUGAGAAGGCCCAGGAGGACUUUGUGAGGUCUGCUGUCAAGGAUGUCCGCUAUGGGCCCGAGUCCCUCAGAGACUUCACCCAGUGGCGGGUGCGAAUGAUCUCUGAGGAGCUGGUGGCCUCUGGUAGGAUCCAGGGACGUGAGACAGAUGUCCCAGAGAGACGUCCAGAGGCCAGGGCUGCUUCCAAGCCCAGGGCCAGGCUGGUGGCCUUGAAACGGCCCGACGAUGUCCCACUCAGCGUCUCUCCCACCAAGCGGGUGUGUGCCUCUCCAGCAGCCCAGGUGGAGGGCAGCCCUGCGGGCUCUGAUGGCAGCCAGCCUGCCCUGGGGCUGGAGCCCCUGCACUUCCUGCAGUGCCACAGCAAGAACAACAGCCCUCGCGACCUGGAGACCCAGCUGUGGGCCUGCGCCUUCGAGCCGGCCUGGGAGGAGGGUCACCUCCCAGCAGGCAACCCAGGGGCCACAUCCCAGACCGUGGCCACGUGUGGCGGGGAGGCCGUGUGUGUGAUAGACUGCCAGACGGGCAUUGUGCUCCACAAGUACAAGGCUCCUGGCGAGGAGUUCUUCUCAGUAGCCUGGACAGCCCUGACGGUGGUCACGCAGGCUGGCCACAAGAAGCGCUGGAGCGUGCUGGCAGCAGCAGGCCUGCGGGGCCUGGUCCGGCUGCUACACGUGCGUGCUGGCUUCUGCUGUGGAGUCACCCGGGCCCACAAGAAGGCCAUCGCCACCCUCUGCUUCAGCCCCACCCACGAGACGCACCUCUUCACGGCCUCCUAUGACAAGCGGAUCAUCCUCUGGGACAUUGGGGCGCCCAACUGUGACUACGAAUUCCAGGCCAGCUCGCUGCUCACGCUUGAUACCACCUCCAUCCCCCUGCGCCUCUGCCCCGUGGCCUCCUGCCCCAGUGCCUAUCUGCUGGCUGGCUGUGAGGGGGGCUGCUGCUGCUGGGAUGUGCGUCUGGACCAGCCCCAAAAAAGGAGGGUCUGUGAAGUGGAGUUCAUCUUCGAGGGCUCCGAGGCCUCUGGACGGAGAGUGGACGGGCUGGCUUUUGUGAAUGAGGAUGUCGUGGCUUCCAAGGGGAGUGGCCAAGGCACCAUCUGCCUGUGGAGCUGGAGCCAGACGUGGGUGGGCCGGGGCAGCCAGACCACAGUGGCGGUGGUCGUCCUGGCCUGGCUGCAGUGGUCGCCCACCGAGCUGGCCUACUUCUCACUUAGCACCUGCCCAGAUGAGGGGAUCGUGCUCUGCGGGGACGAGGAGGGUAACGUGUGGAUCUAUGACGUCAGGCAUGUCCUGGAGCGACCACCCGCACCGCCAGCCACUCUGCAGGCCCCCACACAGAUCCUUAAGUGGCCUCAGCCCUGGGCCCUCGGCCAGUCGGUGACCAAGACCAUGGUGAACACGGUGGUGGCCAACCCCACCUUUACCUACCUCACUGCCCUGACGGACUCCAAUAUUGUAGCCAUCUGGAAGAGACAUUAGCCGUGGGCAGGAGCUCCUGCCUCUGUCGCCAAGUAGUGGGACACAACUUAACUUAUUCAGCCAAUGGUGGAGGUCUUCCUAUCAGCGAAUAUUUUUAUUAAACUGCUGUGGAUAA